AAGGGAGAAAUGCCUCUGAUUAGAGGGAAAGUCGUGCUCAUCCUCGGAUUCGUCUUCCUGACAACUUUCCUGGCUGCGGUGAGAGGGCUGCCCGUGAGGGGCAAACAGCGCAGCAAUAGCCCGAAGGAGAGGAGCUCCAAGCUGGCGGAGGUCUCAGCAUCAUCCAGCCCCCGUUCAGCAGGGGAUGAGGAGCUGCCACCAUCGGGCAAGGCACGGGGGCUGAGGCGGAGUGGCCAGGCUGGCCCGCGGCGGCACCGGCGCAGAGGGGUGGCUCAGCAGGCUGCCAGGAGCCCAGCGCUGCCACAGCCCAGUGGUGCUGGCCAGGAGGAGAGCCUGCCCUUCAUGCUGGACCUGCAAAACUUGCCAGGGCUGGCCAAUGUGGACCUGAGUGCCCAGAACCCAAACAUCCAGGUAACCAUUGAAGUGGUGGAUGAUCCUCAGGCUGAGAUGGAGAUGGAUUUAUUGAAGGAGACAAGCAAUGACUGGUCUCUGACAUCCUCUGAGUGGUUAUCUCACAAAGACCUAUUCUGGCCCCUCUUCUGGGAAUACACUGACCCUGCUGAGGGAGAGGAGGAGGAAGAAGAAGAAGAGGAGGAGGAGGAGGAAGAGGAGGAAGAGGAUGACAACCUGGAUGUAGGGGACAGGGAAGAAGAAGAAGAGGAUGAUGAUGAAGAGCAAGAUUACACAGCAGAGUAUGAAGAGGAGGAGUCCAUGCUUAGUGGAGUAGGUGGUAACUGGGACCAGCAAUGGCCUGGGCAGAAGAACUGGAUCUUUAAGGAAAAAUAUAAUUAUGACUAUGAAGAUGAGGAGGAGUGGAGCCCAUGGUCCCCUUGCAGCAUCACCUGUGGCAGUGGCAACCAGAAGAGGACCCGGUCCUGUGGCUAUGCCUGCACAGCAACAGAGUCAAGGACCUGCGAUCUGAUACACUGCCCUGGAGCAGGGGAAAUGGUCUUCCCCACAGAAGAGACACCUUUCAAAAGCGACAACACCACGGAGCUGUUCAGCUCAGAGGUGGACAGCUGUGAGAAGUGGCUGAACUGCAAGAGCGACUUCCUCACCAAGUACCUGAGCAAGGUACUGACGGACCUGCCCAGCUGUCCCUGCUCCUACCCGCUGGAGGCCGUCUACAGUGCCGUCAACCUGCGGGACGAGCAGCAGGGCAAGAGCUUCCGAUGGCGGGAUGCCAGCGGCCCCAAGGAGCGCCUGGACAUCUACAAGCCAACGGCACGCUUCUGCCUGCGCUCCAUGCUCUCCCUGGACAGCACCACCUUGGCUGCCCAGCACUGCUGCUAUGACGAGCACACCCGCCUCAUCACCCGUGGCAAGGGGGCUGGCGUCCCCAACCUCAUCAGCACCGAGUUUUCUCCAGAGCUGCACUACAAGGUGGACAUGCUGCCCUGGAUCCUCUGCAAGGGUGACUGGAGCCGGUACCACGCGGUCCGGCCCCCCAACAAUGGGCAGCGGUGUGCAGACAACCCCACAGAGGAGGAGUACCUGUCCCAGCUGCAGGAGGCCAAGGAGUACUAGCCAUGGCCACUCUCAAAGGUGCCAUGACCACCACUGGCUUGCAUCUCUGCACAGCCUGGCCAGCCCUGACCCUGCUCAUGGGUUCCUCGGUGGUGCCAGGCAAAAUGGGGAGGAUGCACGCUCAGAGGGGUUUCUCAGUCCCCCUCCAAUUUCUGAGGGUGCUGGAGGUUAUUGUGGUGCAAUCCCUGCUGUGCUACCCAGGGCAGUCCUCCAGUCCAGAGCUCCUGGCCUGGCAUGUGGAGAGCAGCAGGGGCUGGGAAGUAUAAAGGGAACAAGGGUCUGUUCCUGUCUGCUUUUAUUCUCUAUGUCCUUUGAACGCAGCCUGAAAGCUGAGCACAGGGUGAGCUGGGCUCAGCUCCUGCUGGCUUCACACCACAUCUGAGGAGCUGUCACAGGCAUGGCUGCCUGCUCUUGUCUGUACACCUGCUCUGGCACAGGCUGGUUUAUGUCUGAAACUGGGGGUAGGUCUUCCUAGAGAGUGUAGGGCUGUUCCAGCCGCACAUACAGAGCAGGACCUUCCCCAUCCUUGGGUUUGUGCAUGCAGGGUUGGAAAGGAGUACA